AUGCUGAAAACAUAUUUGCCAUGGAUGCCGUACCCGUUACUGUGCAGGGGCGCUUUCGGGUCUCCACACACUUUCCGGGCGCAGUUUGGUGGUGGACCGCGACAGAGGCGGCACCAUGGGCACCACCAGGGGGGUGGCGGGCAAGGGCAGGGGGCCGGGCAGGGGCCUACAGCUGGCGCACAGGAGCAGCAGCAGCGGGCGGCGAUGUUUGGCCUGGUGCAGCUCUUGCCGAUUGUGCUCAUCUUAUUCUUCACAUAUUUCCAAAGCAGUCAAUCCCCACCGUUUAGCCUGGCUCAGGACGCGACGUACCGAGUCCAAGUCCUGACUAAGAGGCUGUCAAUUCCUUUCUACGUGAAGACAAUCGCAGACCUGGAGAAGUCCUAUCCAUUAUCAAGCGAAGCACGCUUGCGCUUGGAACGCCAGGUGGAGAAUGCGUACUAUGAGCGGCUGGAGGCACGCUGCCAACAAGAACGACUAAUGCGGCACCGUGCCUGGACGUGGGGAAAUCGGGAGCAGGCGCGCUUGAUGAAGCUGGAGGCGUGCGAAGAGAUCGAAAAAGUCAACGAGAAGUUAGACAGUAUUCGCAGGCAGCAACAUGCAUACUAGCCCUUCGCACGCGACAGCUUGAUUUUUUCAGCCCAGCCGUUAUCCCCACUCAGGUCUUCCAAAGCCCAGGCGUUACCCCCGGUGACUCGGAUUGGACAAGCUACAUGUGUGAUAAGUGCGGAGGGCGGUUGUGACAGUUUGGUAGUCUCCACGAGCAGAAGACUUGGUGUACUGCAUUAUAAUUGGUGCAGGGGGCUGCCGACGCGAUGCUGUGAAUAAUCAAGGGGUGCUAUUACCUUCAAAAGGUUGAUGCGUGACACGGUCCUGCGGGUUGGUUUCAUGUAUUAUUUACGCCUCUAUUUACGGGCUUCUGUCGGCUGAUCGGCAGAGUAGACACGAUGUGUUCUAAAUCUCGGUAAACGCAGCCGUUAUGCCAUUUAAAUGUCUCGCCAG